AGAAACGUAGGUCGUCUCACUUUACCAUGCUUGCAAUUUCACUCUCUUGCUCACUCGCCACUUCCUCCCUUCGUAUAAAACUGUGAGGGCAGCACUGUUUAGCUGUGAAGCAUCAACCAAUUAGAGAAAAAUAGUAUUUCUACCUACCCUCAAACUUCUGAGCGCUCUAUCCUCGACAUCGCUUGAUAUGCUGAAGCACUAUUUUACAGCGUAUUCUUGAAUUUGUAAGAGGAUAUACGCGGUUCACGAUCGUGAGAGAGAAUGAAGAUCGAAGAAGUAAAAAGUACUGCAAAAACUCAAAGAAUUUCAGCUCAUACUCAUAUAAAAGGUCUGGGUCUUGACGAAAAUGGAAUUGCGAUACAAUCAGCGGCCGGCCUUGUUGGUCAGGAAAUGGCUCGUGAGGCUGCCGGGAUAGUAGUUGACAUGAUAAAGUCCAAGAAAAUGGCAGGUAGAGCUGUAUUAUUAGCUGGACCACCUGGUACAGGGAAAACAGCCAUAGCGCUUGCGAUUGCUCAAGAAUUAGGUAACAAAGUACCAUUCUGUCCUAUGGUGGGCUCGGAAGUCUAUAGUUCUGAAAUAAAAAAAACAGAGGUGCUGAUGGAGAACUUCAGACGAGCUAUCGGCCUCAGAAUCAAAGAAACCAAAGAAGUAUAUGAAGGGGAAGUUACAGAAUUAACUCCAGUCGAAACAGAAAAUCCAAUGGGUGGAUAUGGAAAGACUGUAUCCCAUGUUGUCAUUGGAUUAAAAACUGCUAAAGGUACAAAACAGUUGAAGCUGGAUCCUUCCAUAUACGAGUCUCUACAGAAAGAGAAAGUGGAGACAGGAGAUGUAAUUUAUAUCGAAGCAAACAGUGGUGCUGUAAAAAGACAGGGUAGAAGUGAUAAUUUUGCUACCGAAUUUGAUUUGGAGGCAGAAGAAUAUGUUCCAUUGCCUAAAGGGGAUGUUCAUAAGAAGAAGGAAGUCAUUCAAGAUGUAACACUGCAUGAUUUAGAUGUUGCUAAUGCAAAGCCACAAGGUGGACAAGAUAUUAUGUCCAUGAUGGGACAACUAAUGAAACCUAAGAAAACAGAAAUCACAGAUAAAUUGCGUAAAGAGAUUAACAAAGUAGUAAACAAGUACAUAGACCAAGGAAUCGCGGAACUGGUGCCAGGAGUUUUGUUCAUAGACGAAGUACAUAUGUUGGAUAUAGAAACAUUCACCUAUCUUCAUCGUGCUCUAGAAAGUGCUAUUGCUCCAAUAGUAAUUUUUGCUACAAACAGAGGACGCUGUAUAAUUAGAGGCACAGAAGACAUUGUAUCUCCACAUGGAAUACCUCUUGAUCUUUUAGAUAGAUUACUUAUUAUACGAACGCUUCCAUACUCUAGAAUGGAAACGGAACAAAUAGUUAAGUUAAGGGCAACAACAGAAGGGUUGCAAAUUGAAGAUGAAGCUCUGACUACCUUAGGCGAGCUAGGUACUAAAACAACUCUUAGAUAUGUAGUACAACUUUUAACUCCUGCUGCAUUAACAGCAAAAGUAAAUGAAAGAACAGUUAUUAAGAAAGAAGACAUCGAAGAGGUACGCUCACUUUUCUUAGAUGCAAAGUCUUCUGCUAUAAUUCUUACGCAAAAUAAAGAUAAAUUUAUGAAGUGAAUUUGUUCGUUCGAUUGCUUAUAUUUAGCGAUGUAUUUUUUAAUUGAAGUUCAAAUGUAAAGUUUCAUUAGAUUAUUAACAAUAAGAAAGUAACAUUUAAGUAAUUGAUAUCAAAUAUGACAAAUAAAAAAGAAAGCAAAUUUUGUAAAC